AUGAUGCCGUCAACUCUUACUUACUCGAAGUACACGACACAGUUCACCAACAACCUGUGCCUCUAUCGCAAUAAAGCGUGCUUCAACGUCCGCGCGGUCAAGAAGAAUGGCCUGCUGCACAGUCUCUGCGAAUACCAUCGGCUCAAAGCCAACUCGAACCAGCGCAAACUCGAAAAGAAGAAGCGCGAAUGUCCGAUCACUCCUCCUGCGGCCACAACCGAGCAAAGCAACAAGCCACUGCGUAUCUUUGGCGUCAAGGAGCUGUGGAUGAAUCCGUCCGACGUAGACGACAUCGACACGGGCGACGACGACGUUGUGAUUUGGGUGCAGCCCAUCCGCCUCGAACCCCCGCAGACAUUCGACCACUAUAUUCACGACCAAAUUUAA